AUGAUUGACUCCUGUUCUGUGCCUGGGUCUGACAGUGACUCCUGUUCUGUGUCUGGGUCUGACAGUGACUCCUGCUCUGUGUCUGGAUCUGACAGUGACUCCUGCUCUGUGUCUGGAUCUGAUAGUGACUCCUUCACUGUGCCUGACAAUGACUUCUGUUCUGUGUCUGGGUCUGACAAUGACUCCUGCUCUGUGUCUGGGUCUGACAAUGAGUCCUUCACUGUGUCUGGGUCUGACAAGUACUUCUGUUCUAUGUCUGGGUCUGACAAUGACUCCUUCACUGUUUCUGGGUCUGACAAUGACUCCUUCACUGUGUCUAGGUCUGACAAUGACUUCUGCUCUGUGUCUGACAAUGACUCCUGUUCUGUGUCUGGGACUGACAAGGACUUCUGCCCUGUGUCUGGGUCUGACAAUGACUCCUUCACUGUGUCUGGGUCUGACAAUGACUCUUUUACUGUGUCUGGGUCUGACAAUGACUCCUGUUCGAUGUCUGCGUCUGACAAUGACUUCUGCUCUGUGUCUGGGUCUGACAAUGACUUCUGCUCUGUGUCUGGGUCUGACAAUGACUUCUGA